AUGAAUAACACUGAUUGUUUCAGAUUAACUAGUCCAUUCUUCUUGAAAUGUCGAUAUAUGGUGGCGUUGUAUGACAGUUUUAAUAGUGCGCCCGACAGCACUACAGUAUUUGUUUUUGCUACUCGGGUGUUAAUACGUGAAUUUUGUAUUCCACGAGUAGCAAAGACGAUACACAGAGGGUUCUAUUCGGUUCACUCUCUGUGUAGGGGCGUUAAUACAAAUGAAUCGUAUUCCACAUAUACGAAGAGGAGAAAUGAUAGAGGAGGUAGAAAUGACUGGAGUGUAACGGUUUGCUAUUACGACGGUGAAUUACAAUUACGUGCAGUGCGACAGAUAUUCGCCGUCGUUCAUGGAACUGCUUCAUUGCCGUGUGACAUUGCGCCACCGAUACCCCACGAUCCCCUGGACACUGUCAUAUUGGUUGUUUGGUACAGAUAUGAGAAAACGGCGAUAUACAGCGUGGAUAUCCGAGACAAGUUUACUGAUCCGAAUAAGUCACAUUGGAAGGAUGAGUCGUUGGAGGGCAGGUCACACUUCCGCAUGCUAUCUGAACCAGCUAUGUUAACCAUCGAUAACGUAUCGGAAAUGGACGCUGGCAUCUACAGAUGUCGAGUAGACUUUCGGAAAUCACCAACUAGGAAUUCUCGACUAAACCUAACAGUUAUUGUACCUCCGCAGAAACCAGUCAUCUUGAGCGAAUAUCAUGAGGAGAUAGAACACACAGGACCGUUUUACGAGGGCGACCGGGUGAAAUUGACGUGCAUGGUAUCCGGAGGUCGCCCGGAACCGAAAGUCAGAUGGUGGCGAGGAGAAACGUUAAUGGACACCGGAAAUGAAGGGAUUCCCGGACAAUUCACGGCGUCAUCAUCAUCAGUUAAACAAAACGAAAUGACUAUCGAAGCGCUGAGCCGAUACGACCAGGGAGCUGUGUACACCUGUCAGGCUUCCAAUAGCAACUUGUCUGCCCCCGUCAGUGCCAGCGUCACAAUCGAAAUGUACCUCAAACCGUUAGAUGUGCAAGUGCUCAGUAGCAGGCAGCCGCUUAGUUCCGGCCGGACGUACGAAGUGCAGUGUCAGGCGGUGGGCUCCAAGCCGCCGGCUAACGUGACGUGGUGGAAGGACAAUGAGAGGUUGACCAACGCUACGCAGACCGUAUCGCCAGAUGGCAAUGUAACAUCAUCCACUUUAACUUUCCAACCAACAAAAUCAGACAAUGGUAAAUCAUUGAUCUGUCGAGCUGAGAACCAAAAUGUACAACACUUAGAGGAGAUGGGUAGUAAAGUGGAAGACUCAUGGACAAUUGAUGUACACUACGUACCAAUAUUGAAACUGGCUUUGGGAAUCAACAUGAAUCCGGCAGAUAUUGAAGAAGGCGACGAUGUGUAUUUCGAGUGCAAGAUCGAUGCCAAUCCACCAGCGUACAAAGUGAUUUGGAAGCAUAAUGGUCAAGUGAUCCAAGGAAAUGUGAAAAGCGGCGUGAUUAUGAAUCAAAAGGACCUGGCACUUCAAAACGUCAAGAGACAGCAGGCGGGGAACUAUUCGUGUUUGGCUAGCAACGUGGAAGGAGACGGCGAGAGCAACGUCGUCCGGCUGACAGUCAUGUACAAACCGGUGUGCAGGCACAACCAAAAGUUGACGUAUGGAGUGGCACGAAACGAAAACACGGAAAUUGUGUGCGAAGUGGACGCAUAUCCAGCGCCGGAUGUUUUCAAAUGGACCUUUAAUCGGACUGGCAGCGUGGCAUCCGAAAUAGGCAGCAACGAGGUGAUCCAACACACCAGAACAGGUGGCGUCGAAACCGGAAAUGUGAGUGGCGGUUUGUCAUCCGGCAAACGCAACAAACUAUCAUCAGUGCUUACAUACAGUCCUUCAGCCAUGGGAAUGGGCGGCGGUGGAGGAGGCAACGGAAAUGGAGGCAACGUUGGAGACAACGAUUACGGAACUGUCACUUGUCGUGCUUCAAACACCGCUGGACAGCAAGUAGAGCCUUGCGUUUUCCACGUGAUCGCAGCCGUGAGACCUGACCCGCCGUUCAACUGCACUUCCGGUGACCGGACGCAGUUCUCGGUGCACGUGUGGUGCACGCAAGGGUUCGACGGGGGCGUCGCUCAACGCUUCGCCCUGGAGGCGUACGACUCGGCGGGCGCCGCGCCGACGGAGGCCGUCCGGUUUGACGACGGGUACGGCGGGCCCGCGGUGGCCGCCGACGGGCCGGCGCCACCGAUGUUGGCCAACCUGACAGCCGACCGGCCUGACUUCACGCUCCGACAGCUGUCGCCGUCCGUAGGGCUCCGGUUGGCCGUAUACGCGUACAACUCGCGCGGUACCAGCGACCGUACGUGGCUGACCGCCUACACACUCAACUCGCCCGACCAACAGACUACUUCCGGUUCGUCUGCUGUAGGAGCCGGUGGCAACGACCAUUUCCGUUUGACGCCAGUAGUCGCUGGUCUUUUGGCCGUCACCAUUGUGUCAGCCGUAGCCGCAGCUGCGGUGAUGUGCGCGCUGCGUGUGCGAUCCCGACGGCACCGGAACCAACGCCGGCAAGACUUAUGCGGGGCCGGAACCGGCAGCAUUAUGGGCGGAGGUGUUGGUGGUGGAGCUGCUGUCAUCGCCGUAUGCAAGCAGAAAACGGAUGACGACGACGAUGAGUACACGGCAGCAUUGGACCCAGAUAAAAAUCCAGACCUGAUCCCGCCGACUAAAAUCAAAAGCGGAAGCAGAGGAAACAUCGGAUACCGUGUUGUCCAGCAACAGUCGAUGAUGGGAUUAAAUGACGACGAUGAUGAAAACUUGAAUGCUGCCGAAUCAUCAGACGAUGAACGAUCCGGUUACCCGACACUUCCGGUUGACGGUAUUGGCUCGCGCCCAUCCGCCAGCUCACUGCGACACCCCGCUACAUCAAUUGGCCCAGGUUAUAGCAACAAUGGCUACAGACCUGAACAGCAUAUUUCGACAACCAUUGCGGUAUCAUCCCGGUUACCACCUUACCAUCAUCGGGAAAUCGUUACAGUACGAACUCCAUUGAUGUCUAGCCAACAAGAAAGCUGCGUUUAAUUAUAUAAUUAUAAACGUGUAAUUCGUAUUAUUAUCUUAUUUUAUGUUAUGUAAACAUAAAAUACAUAGU